GUGUGUGUUCCGAGUCUGAGCAUGGGAUAGAGCGCGCGGGAGCGAGAGUCAGAAAGCCAGACACCAAAACAAGCCGCGGCAAAAGGCGAACUUCAAUGGUGGUGGUGGCGGCGGAGGCGCUCGCGCGGCGACAGGAACUGUGCUGGGUGCUGUAGUCCCUGCGACAGGGCAGCCAACUUCAUUCUCCACCCGCCGCUGCACUUUGUGGAACUGAUUCUCACUGGCCGGGGCUGGCGUUUUCCAAACGAAAAAGCUGUGAAUGAAAGAGAGCAAGAGAGAGACGGCAGCACAGUGCUCAGUUUCACUAGGUUUGAAGAACAGUGACAACUCAAAAUGCCGCCUCCCGCGGAUAUCGUGAAAGUCGCUAUAGAAUGGCCUGGCGCCAUGGCUAAGUUGAUGGAAGUUGAUCAAAAAAAACCAUUGACUGCAAUCAUAAAGGAAGUCUGUGAUGGGUGGUCUCUUCCAAACCAUGAGAAUUAUGCACUGCAACAUGCUGAUAGUUCCAAUUUCUAUAUCACUGAAAAGAACCGUAACGAAAUUAAAAAUGGAACGAUACUUCGAUUAACUACAUCACCAACCCAAAAUGCCCUUCAUCUCUAUGAGAAGAUCCAGUCUUCUAGUAUGGAUGCCAAGUUGGAUGGACUGAAAGACUUAGCUAGUUAUUCGCGCGAUGUAACAUUUGCCCAAGAAUUUAUCAAUCUAGAUGGUAUUUCCCUCUUAACGCAGAUGGUGGAAAGCGGCACUGAACGAUAUCAGAAAUUGCAGAAGAUAAUGAAGCCCUGCUUUGGAGAUAUGUUAUCCUUCACGCUGACUGCAUUUGUUGAGCUGAUGGAUCAUGGAAUUGUAUCCUGGGACACAUUCUCUGUGGCUUUCAUAAAAAAGAUAGCAAGUUAUGUCAGCAAGUUUCCUUCUGACAUUGCUAUACUGCAACGCUCAUUAGCCAUCUUAGAGUCCAUGGUACUGAAUAGCCACGACCUAUACCAGAAGGUGGCACAAGAGAUAACAAUUGGCCAGUUAAUCCCGCAUCUUCAAGGGGCAGAUCAAGAAAUACAGACGUACACAAUUGCUGUAAUAAAUGCACUUUUCCUUAAAGCACCUGAUGAUCGGAGGCAGGAAAUGGCAAAUAUUUUAGCCCAGAAACAACUUCGGGGAAUAAUUUUGCAACAUGUUAUCAGAGCUCAGAGGGCCAUCAAUAAUGAAAUGGCACAUCAGCUUUAUGUCCUGCAAGUCCUCACUUUUAACCUACUGGAAGACAGAAUGAUGACCAAAAUGGAUCCUCAAGACCAGGCCCAGAGAGAUAUCAUAUUUGAACUUCGAAGAAUUGCUUUUGAUGCAGAAUCUGAACCCAACAACAGUAGCGGCAAUGUUGAAAAACGCAAAUCUAUGUAUACCCGAGAUUACAAAAAACUUGGGUUUAUCAACCAUGUGAACCCCGCAAUGGAUUUUACACAGACUCCUCCGGGAAUGCUAGCCCUUGACAACAUGCUGUACUUUGCCAAACACCAACAGGAUGCUUAUAUCCGGAUUGUCUUAGAAAACAGCAGCCGAGAAGACAAGCAUGAAUGUCCAUUUGGUCGAAGUAGUAUUGAAUUAACAAAGAUGCUGUGCGAUAUCCUGAAAGUUGGAGAGUUACCCAGUGAGACCUGCAAUGAUUUCCACCCAAUGUUCUUCACACACGACAGGUCAUUCGAAGAGUUCUUCUGUAUUUGCAUCCAGCUGUUGAAUAAGACAUGGAAGGAGAUGAGAGCAACUUCUGAAGACUUCAACAAGGUAAUGCAAGUGGUGAGGGAGCAAAUAAUGAGAGCGCUGACCACGAAGCCUAGUUCUCUGGAUCAAUUCAAAAGCAAACUUCAGAAUCUAAGCUACGCCGAAAUACUGAAAAUCCGCCAAUCUGAGAGGAUGAACCAGGAAGACUUCCAGUCUCGUCCAAUUUUGGAGCUAAAGGAGAAGAUUCAGCCUGAAAUUUUAGAGUUGAUUAAGCAGCAGCGACUUAAUCGCCUUGUUGAGGGAACCUGCUUUAGGAAACUCAACAGCCGACGGCGACAAGACAAGUUUUGGUAUUGUCGACUCUCACCGAACCACAAAGUCUUGCAUUAUGGAGACUUGGAGGAGAGUCCCCAGGGAGAGGUUCCACACGAUUCAUUGCAGGAGAAGCUGCCUGUGGCGGAUAUAAAAGCAGUUGUGACAGGGAAGGACUGCCCUCACAUGAAGGAGAAAGGAGCCCUUAAACAAAACAAGGAGUUGCUUGAGCUAGCUUUCUCUAUACUGUAUGAUUCAAAUGGACAACUAAAUUUUAUUGCUCCUGACAAGCAUGAGUACUGUGUGUGGACAGAUGGCCUAAAUGCCCUUCUUGGAAAGGAUAUGAUGAGCGAACUGACACGCAAUGACUUGGACACUCUGCUAAGUAUGGAGAUAAAGCUGCGUCUCCUGGAUCUGGAGAACAUACAGAUCCCCGAUGCUCCGCCACCUAUUCCAAAGGAACCAAGCAACUAUGACUUUGUAUAUGACUGUAACUAAAUCAACUCUCCCUGCAGAGACUUACAUUUAAACUGGAAGUAUUAUAACUGGGGAGGCGAGUUUUUUUAAAAGAAGAGAAGAGAACAAGAUAUGCACAUUUGACUUCAUUUGGGGGGGGGGUAUCUAUAAACCACUUAUUUCCUCCUUGCUUUCUACCUUUCUGUCUGGCACCGUCUCCUCUGCAGCUAGUAAAAAACACUUGAUUUCAUUAACUUCUCACUUCUGGCAAGAUCAAAUGAACGUUCCAACUUGAAAAGGUUCCCCCGGGAGGAACUUCCUUAUUGUUGAAAUGCUGGAGUACACAUUCCAAAAAAAAGGACAGUGUGGCCAAAGGGCACGUCCACCAAACCAAAUCCAGCAUUACAGGUGCUUUAACUGGAAGAAAAGAAGAGGCAAAACUAAUAUAAGUGGAGGGUGGUGAGAGAUGUCAUUCCCACCCCCUGCCCCAGUCAUGGAGUCAACUAAAUAGCCAACCUCAGUGAAAAUGAAGAUUAUUAACGGCUUUCAGCUUCUACACCAUUGUUGUCAUGACCCACCAGUACCAUCCUGUCCAUUAACACCAGCAUUUAUCCCCACCAUUUGUGCUAUGUCAAGUGACGGUUUCUUAAGAUGAUGAUGAAUCCACAGGUCUUUGCUGCAACAUUUCUAACCUCAUAAUAGCCACGUCUUAACAAUAUCUCACCUACGUGAUUUCCACGGUUUUAAUGAAGCCACUUGCUGUUUUAUGGCCCUGUCAUAUAGAUUUAUAUCACUAAAACUGGUGGACAUUUUUUUUUUGGUCCUAGAUGGGGUGGAUUAUUUUGUGUGCAAAGCAGCAGAUGCCAUAGAUACUGAAAAGUGUGAAGUAUUCAGGUUUACGUCCUAGAAAUGUGGAAAGUGUUACAAAUUUGCAAGGGAUUUGGUUUUAUACAAAACACUUGAAAAAUUAUUGCCAAAUAUAUAUGUUAUUAAGAACAAAAAUGUAAUAUGUGUUACUUUAAAAAAAAAGUGUUUUAGUUUGCGUGUGGUAUCUGCAACAUUUGCCCUGGGAGAGAAAAUAUGCACCAACAUUCCCAUCAACAUUGCUGUUGAAUAAAAUUGAACU